AAUUUAGGAAAUUCCGUUUUCCCCUUAACCAAAACUACACACCCCAACUUCUUCUUCUCCUUCCUCUUCUUCCUCUUACCUCCAUACCAAUCGCAAUAAUUCAUUCUUCUCCUUUUCCUUUUCCUUUUCCUCUCUUUACUCACUCACAUUUCUACCCACACUCUCUCUCUCUCUCUCUACCUACCCCACUGUCGAUUAUGAUUAUCAGAUUAUGAUUAUGUUAUAAUUAUCAGAUUAUGCUAUGAUUAUCAGAUUAUGAUGAUGAUGAUGCCUUAGAAGAAGAAGAAGAAGCAAGCAAGCAGAAAAAGGCAGGCAAGGCAAGGAAAGGAAUGACCCUAAAAGGAAACAGCAGUAACAGCAAUAAUAAUAAUAAUCAUAAUACUAAUAAUACUCACAAUAAUAAUAAUAACAAUAACAAUAAUACCUGCAAUAGCAGCAGCAGCAAUAGCAGCAGUCAAGCGUGUGCAGCGUGCAAGCACCAGAGGAGGAGGUGCACACCGGAAUGCCUUCUGGCUCCAUUCUUUCCCGCCGAUCAGCCCAAAAUGUUUCAGAACGUUCAUCGUCUCUUCGGCGUCAAACACAUCCACAGGCUCCUCAAAGACCUCCCACCCCACCACCACGCCGUCGCCAUCAGCUCCAUUAAGUACCACGCCACCAUGCGCGACAAGUACCCCGUUUACGGAUGCCUCGUCGACAUUCGACACCUCUCCCAACAAAUUCAAAUGGCUCAGGAGGAGCUCCAUCUAGUUCUGCACCACCUCUCUUAUUACCGACGGCAGCACCAACAGGAGAUAUCCCCACCCGACCAUUACCAUCUCGACUUAGGGAUGGCGCCUCCCAAGAGCAUCGAAAUGCUGCCACAUGUUCAAGACAACGACGACAAAGAUGACAAUAAUCGGAAUGAUAAUAACAAUAAUAAUAAUAUCGGGGCAGUGGAGCCGCCCUCUUAUUCGAAUAAUUGCAAUUUCGAUUACAAUACCAGCUUGAACUCCAAGGAGAACAACAACAACAAUGAUAUAGUCGACUCACUGUGGUAUCAGCAGCCGUACGCCGAUGCCAACAACGCCAAUCAAGUGAUGAUGCAAUCGGAGCUCACUGAAUCAGAGUCUCUGCCUAUACCACAAGGAACAGCUGCACACGAUUACAGUGAGAUGCAUUCAUUUUUCGACAAUAUUGACAGGAAUUCUUUCAUCGGCUGCAAGGAUACAUAUGAAUGCAGUUUGGAAUCAUCAAGGCAGAGUAUGGAGCACGUGGCGGAGAAUGAACUCAAGAAUGCUGCAGCAUGCUUUAGCCUAACCAGUGUCAACUAAUAGAGAUGAAUCAAAUCAGAGCAUGCUUUCGCCAGGAAACAGAUCGAAUUUUGUGGAGUUAUUAUUUUCAUAUACUGCUGAUAAAACUACAAGACAUUCACUGCAGGCAUUUCUUUCUUUCUAAGUAGUAUUUCGCAUUUAUAAGAUUAGAGAAUACAUGAAGGUCAGGGAAAAAGGCAUUCAGGGAAUUUCAGUCUCGGUGAUUCAGAAGAGUUCCAGAAUCCAGGUAACUGUCUGUUACUUCUUCAAUUUGAUUGCUAUGCUAGAAAGAAGACAUGAAUUCCUGAGUGGUUUUGUACAUUUCAAAUUUUGUGGCAGAAGAUUUGUGGUGGAAAAAAGCAUUUCAUGAAAAUCUAUGCACAGAUUGCAUCAUUUUGGAGGCUGAAUAUUAUAAGAAAAUUAUAAUGCGUCUCGAUGCCAGCUUGCUUACUUUCUAGCAAAGAGCUUGCAACAAGUUAAAUCAAUACUGUUUAGGUCGUCUGUCCAAAAGAAUAAAUCAACUCCAGAACCUAAUGUAUAUAUAAUGAUUCCAUUUAUUACGAGCAGACAUUUUCCUUGAAAUAAAGAUAAUUUACACCAAAGAAUCAAAAAAUAAUACCGAUCUGCCGAGCUUGAGCUUGAAGAAUAUUGACAAAACUUUAGAUCACUGCUUUAAAUGACUCAUAAGAAUCAACAACAUUCAAUAACACAAGCCUUAUAGUUUGGCACUUACUUUUAUAAGGUUAGAAGAAGUACCCUAAGUGAUGGUUAUAAUUAAGAUUUUACAAACUAGCAUGUAAUAUUUAUCCGUCCUGCAGGUCAGAUUGGAAAAAUCUUCUACUUGAAUUGAAUCUUAAGCAAUAGUUA